AUGUCCGAUUACGAGGAUGAGAUGGACGUUGACUCCACGGCCAAAGGCGCCGCAAUGCAAUUUAGCUCCAACAACACGAAUUUCAAAGGGAAGAAAAUCGUUUCUGACCUGCCUGUUGGUGCCGAGGACAACUUGCCAUGGGUUGAAAAGUACCGACCCAGCUCUCUAGACGACGUGCAAGGCCACCAGGACAUUCUAUCUACAAUCAACAGAUUCAUUGACUCGCAUCGAUUGCCUCACCUGCUUCUCUAUGGUCCUCCCGGAACGGGAAAAACAACAACAAUCCUAGCCCUGGCCCGGCGAAUCUACGGCAGCAAAAACAUGCGUCAAAUGGUCUUGGAACUAAACGCCUCCGACGACAGAGGAAUUGACGUCGUCCGCGAGCAGAUCAAGACAUUUGCCAGCACGAAACAGAUUUUCUCGGUCGCCCCUCCUGCGGCAAAAGGCAGCAAUUCACUCGGCGCAUUCAAACUGAUCAUUCUGGACGAAGCCGAUGCAAUGACAGCGACUGCACAAAUGGCCCUGCGACGUAUUAUGGAAAAAUACACAGCCAAUACGCGCUUCUGCAUUAUUGCAAACUAUACGCACAAGCUUUCCCCUGCUUUGUUGUCGCGGUGCACACGAUUCCGAUUCAGCCCGUUGAAGGAGGCCGACAUUCGAGCCCUUGUCGACAAAGUUAUUGAGACAGAAAAUGUCCGGAUACAGCCUGACGCAACAGAGAGUCUUGUCAGGCUUAGUAAGGGUGAUAUGCGACGAGCAUUGAAUGUGCUUCAAGCUUGUCAUGCCAGCAGUCUACCCCUUCCUAUGCGCAACGCUCCCAAAGACCAACCUCCCCCAGAACAUGAACUCAUCACCGAAGAAACCAUCUACAACUGCAUUGCCGCCCCUCACCCGUCCGACAUCCGCGAAAUCAUGACAACUCUUUUGUCUACCAGCGACGUCACGUCGUGUCUCAACACAGUCAACACACUCAAGACGAACAAGGGUCUUGCUCUCGCCGACAUACUCAGUGCGCUUAGUGAACAGCUACAAACACUUGAGGUCCCGGCACAAACACGUAUCAGCUGGUUAGAGGGACUAGCGGAAAUCGAAUGGCGGCUCUCCGGUGGCGGUAGCGAGGUGAUUCAAACCGGUGGUCUCGUGGGUGUUGUCCGAAACGGAUGUGAAUUGAUGGGAGAUAAAGGAGUUACAAUGCAAUCGUGA